CAUGAUACAGUUUUCUGCGAUAAGAUGGAAGCCUUACUUUCGAACGCGUUCGACGAAGUGAUGAUGAAGACGGUGCAGCCACUGGAACCGUUGGCCACGUUGUGUCACGGUGAUUUUACGUUGAACAAUAUUCUCUUCAAGACAGAAGGCGAUGGACAACACCGCCCGAUGUUAAUUGAUUUUGCGCUCAUCAGAUACUCGACGCCCGUCAUCGAUCUUUCCACGCAUCUUUUUCUAUGUUGUUCGAAUGAAGUAAGAAAAAAUAAAUUUUCCGAGAUCAUGCGGGCCUACUAUGACGCGCUAAAAGAGUAUCUGUUAGACGCCGGCAUUCAGGACAUUGAGAAGUACUCGUACAAUGCUUUGUUGGACGAUUUUAAAAGAGGUGCUCUCUUCGGUUUCGUUCUUAUGUCCUCUUUUGUAUAUGUGUUACUGGGACAUCUUAGUCCAGAAACUUUUGUACAAGAAGUAUUAGAUUUAGGACCUUUGGAAAGUGCAAAGAAGCAGAAAUACACCGGCGGAGACGAAGUAUCUAAAAUACUAGCUGAUGCAUUGCUACAUCUGAAAGAUCUUGGCUGUCUUAAAUAUUACUUAUAGUUGCGCGAAAUAAUUCCGAUAUAUAAAAUAUAAUCUGUAUUGUUUAAAAAAUCAACACACAGGUUUAAUAAUAAACAGUUUUUGAGUUAUGGUUCAUCAAA